AGGGCGCGUUGAUGAACCGUACGCUACACGAAUGUUCAGGAAUACAUUCCAGAGUGGGUUUUUAUCUAUACUAUUUAGUGUUGGGACAAAACCUCUGCAGAUUUGGGACAAAAAGGUUCGUAACGGCCACAUCAAAAGAAUUACAGAUAAUGAAAUUCAGUCUUUGGUCUUAGAAUUAUUAGGAAGCAAUGUUUCAAACACUUAUAUAUCUUGUCCUGCAGAUCCUAGAAAAGCACUGGGCAUUAAGUUACCUUUCCUAGUGUUAAUCGUAAAAAACCUCAAUAAGUACUUUACGUUUGAAAUCCAGAUCCUUGAUGAUGAGGGUGUUAAGAGACGUUUUAGGGCCAGUAACUACCAGAGCACUACUCGGGUGAAGCCAUUUAUUUGCACCAUGCCUCUCCGUUUGGAAGCCAAUUGGAAUAAUAUUUACUUCAACGUUGCAGACUUCACAAAGCGUGCAUACGGAACCAAUUUUGUCGAGGUGCUGCGAGUUCAGAUCCACGCUAAUUGUCGAAUAAGACGUAUAUACUUUUGUGACCGCCUCUAUUCGGACGAAGAGCUCCCUGCAGAGUUCAAAUUAUACCUCCCUGUUCAAGUAAACCGGAACACUUAGGUAUUUUCAUUGUAAAUGUUUCCACCUAUUCCAAUGAUAAUUUUAACACUUUUUAAACUGAUAUGUAUGUGUUUCAAUUUGGUGCAUAGUAAGUAUAUUGUGUUAUCCAUUAUACCGAAUAUUUCUACUUUCUAAUAAAAAGAUUUGUGAAAAUUUUCCAAUAACAGCUAUUUGUUAAAUUUCAUUUUCAUUAAUGUUAGUAUUCUCAGUCGGCGUUCUUCAGUGUGUUGAAAUUACUGCUGAAUGAUGCAUUAUUUUCUCAGUCGCAUCAUAAUUUCACUGCAUCAGCGUUACAUUAUAGCUAUCAUGUUUAAGAUGCUUGAUUUUAUGCAAGUUUGGUAUUUUUUGUUUAUAAUUUCCCGAAAGCCGCUUAUUCGCUGCUGAUCAGUAUCAACUCUUUUUGUAGAUGUAUUACUUUCACUUUUGAUUAUGGCUAACCGCAAUGUUCAAAUUUAUUGAAAUUCAGUGUUGAUAUGGAUUCAUCUACUUGACAUGUCACAACUAUGACUAAACUGGAUCCAGUACUUAUAGCCAGUAUUUUGUAAAUAAGAAUAGAACACUACUUAAUUAGUUUUUGUGCAGUUUUAUGCAUAAAAAACAGAUGCCAUGCAUUAUCUUACUCAUAAAUGAUAGUUUUUUCUACAAUUCAGCAAUCAUUAAGUCCCGGAAAAAUAUAUUUUGUUUAGCUUCGAUUGCCAAGUAACAACAUAGUUCCCUUGUUGGAAUCAUGUUAAAUGAAAAGAACUUGGUUAUUACGAAGUUCUUUGGCUAUACCGUCGAGCGUGAAAGAUUAGAUUUCUGAUUACACUUGUACUUCCAACUAAACACAUCCGAAGUUAAUGUUCAGUGAAUGUAAUUACGAUUUAUGGUGAUUCCCGCUUUGAUAAGUGGUUCUGAUAACAUCGAAAUAUUGAUGAUUUUCACAAAAUUAUGUGGUUAGACUAAAAGGAGUUUCAUGAAGAUAAGCUGAUUGGCGCUAUCUUGUUUAAAACAGCAUUUGUUGUAUAUUUUUCAAAGUUUUAGUAAUUAUCAAGGUUACCCGUUGUAUCAUAAUUGUGAAAUACCAUAUAAGAACUAAGUAAAUCCUCGCUCUAUGGAACGCACGGCAAAUAUAAUCUAAAAACUCAUCUGAAAACACUCAACACCAUUAUAUUGGUUAAUCAAGUAAUAGAAUAUUAGCUAACCCUUUGACAAUGUGUGGACAACCCAUGUUUUCGUCGUGAUUUAGGAUUCAUGUACCAUUCGAAGUCCUGGACUUGGAGAGAAUAAUUGAGAGUUAAACAUAUGAAAGUUCCUUUUCAUUUCUAUCUCUUGAAUAUUUGCUCUGAUCUCAGCUAUCACAGGGACUAAAUGUAUGAAAUUAUGAGUGUGGCGUUAAGCUACUUUUCAUUGUUGUCACUCGCUAAGUCUGUUACUUAAAUAGUUUUGAAACAUGGUAUUAAAGACAUGUCAAAAUAUCUUUUUCAUACAUUUUUAGUAGCAGAAUCUCAUUAUAAUAAUAUGGGACAAUUUAUGUAAAUUGUCUUUAAUGUCCUCUUUCAGAUAUGCUUAGUUCAGAGAGCUCUAUGUCAGUAUCGUCAUACGACUGCUUCUAGAAUAACCCAUAACUUCCUGUUUUCUAGAAUAAAACAGUAAUGCUACGCAUUUACCAAGUUCAGAUUCGGCUGCUUGACUUCAUUGCUAUGUUGGAGAUAUGUCGAGAUAGUUGAGUUUUAUGGUGAACAUACAAGACUGGUUUGAGCGAUACAACCAUGAAAAUUAUGCACCGACUAACCAAACCUUCAUAGUUUUUUACUAUUACAAUUCUUCACAAUCAAUAAUAUGAGUAUAUUUCAAAAGAAAAUUGACAUGUGUGUAUAUUACGCUAAGAUGGUUGGUAACAUUUUGAUAGUUUUCUUACUAUAGAUUAUAUCGUGACAGAGUUGUUAAAUAAAUGAUAAAGAGGAACCGUUGAACCUAGGAACUCCUCACCGUCUGGACCGGCUUCAAUAACCAGGAUUUAUCACUAGCCACCACCAAAAGUGGUUACAUUUGUAUGUAAUUUACUAGAUUCUUUACCACUUCGCUGUAGAGCUAAUUCUCUGUGUUAGUCAUGUAGGAAAACCCGCACACAUUAAAGCACAUCGUAAUUCACUACCAUGGAAAUAACAGAAAUUGUUAUGACAUUUGCCCCUGUCAAUUAUCCCAUGACUAUGACUCCAAUUAGAAUACCGACCUCGAUAGUCUUGUUCCUGUCCUAAACCAAUGAAAUCAGUCAGCUCUAACAGCUUCGCGACAACUUUGAGUCCCUAUUGGUCUUCAAUAUAGUAUCUUCUCGCCUAGCUAUGUGCACUGAGUCCAGAAUACAAUAUCAGCCUCCGCUUUGUGAAUAACGUAUUUCAGACAAAUAGUUUAUAUACAAACAGACCAAAUCUCAUCACACCACAGAAUGAAAAAUAACACUUAUACAAGAUCAAGUCAAAAGUGGCUGUGAGUGUGGAGGACUGUAACUACUAGAUAGAGAAUAAAUUAAAAAAUAGUAAAUCGCAUAGUAGUAGCUAAUGAGUCAAGUGAAAGCUUAUAAAAGGAAUAAGCGUAUAUGCAUGUAAUCUCGUUGCCUAAUAGUUACAUAAUAAGAUUCUAACAGUCUAUAAAUAGUUCCCGGAAGUUAUCUAUAGUUUAAUCUGCAGAUGCAAAAGAAACAAGAUAAUUACUAUCAAGGAGCUUACAAACCUGGAGAUAUUAGUUGUUUCAUUCAUGGAGAUUUAAAAUUACUAAUAUGUUGAAUAAUCCCUAACAUUUGAAACGAUGAGUCCUGGGUUCUAGCCUUCUUGGAAACAUCAUCAGGAUAUUGUUAAGUUCACGUGAUGAGAUCUGAGUAGAACGACUCACUGCUAACCGUUAUCAUAGUUGUAAAAAUUUAGGAUGCUUUUUUAGUAAUUUCUGAGGGAGUUAUGUCGGGAUAACCCAUUGUGAUCAGAUGUCUAUGAGCUGUAGUCCUUUCCCAUUUUUUAAAGGAAAAGCAAUAGGGACCCCCGUUAGUAUUCAAAUAUUCUUCGCAACCGACAUUUUAUUACUCAAGAUGGAAUAUAAUUAUCUAACCUCUGUGAGCGCAUGAUAUGACUCAUUUUUUAGAAAUUAAGUGGAAGAAUCAAAAUAUUAAUCAUAUUUUUCAGUUUUCACAUAUUUUUUCAAAAAUAAAAAUACAUCGUAUUUCUUCGAUAAAAUAUUUACGAUGCGUUUAUUUCAGCUAAUAACUUCUGAAAAAAAAACAUUAGAAAACGUUAAGCUUUAAAUUUAUCUUUGUUAAAUAAGAUUUUCGUUGAAAAAAAUCGGAUUAAACAUGCCUCUGAAGGUUACAUACAAUAUGAUAAUCAAUCAACAUUCAAAACAGUAACAUAAUUUCAUGUUUGUGAAGCCAUUAAACAAGUUAACCUCAACUGACCUAACGUUAAAAAUCAGAAGACACUGGAAAACUUUCAUUCUGGCAUAAGACUGUUCAUCAGUGAAACCAAUUCACGACGAAUACUACCAACUAACCAAAUGAAUCAUUGCAAAACUUCAUAUUAUAAUUGUGUGCUUACUGGUGACAUAUUACGAGAUAAGUUUCUGAAGUUUUAGUGGAAAGUUGUGAUCGGUGGCACUGGAUGAUCAUCAUACUAUAUCGUAAAUUAAUUGAAUUUGAAAAUGUAAAACAUUAGACCUUACCCAAUAGUUUAGUAUAUAAUUGCUUCCUACAAAUUCUGAAGGUUCUGGGUCCAGUUACUGGCAGGGUUUUCGGUACGAGGUUUUAAGGAGUACAGCCUUAUGACAAAUCAACUGUUCAGUAAUCUAUGGUUUUCAAUAAUAAUGCAACUGAAGUCUAUCUGUAACACAUAUCAUUUAUCAAAUAAACUAAUCUCCAAAAAAUAUUUGGUAAUUAUUAUUUGAGAUAGACAAAUCCAAGUGUCAUCUAUGUUUAGAAAUAACUAUACUAAACAUAAGUUGUGAACUUUUAUUUGCUUUUCUUGCAAACAUAAAGACAUUUUCUGAAAUAGCACAUAUGAAUCAAUAAAGACCAUCAGUUGAAAUUAUUUCACUAUAGAAGAGAACCUAUUUUCAGUAUUUUCAAUGAACCUUUGAAAUGGAUCGAGUUAGAAUGAUUGGGUUAUACAUAACUAAACAAGGCAUGUUUGGGUAACGGGAGUGCUGUACAAAAGAUGGUAUCUCUCAGAGACAAAAUCCAGUGUUUAUUUCCAAACACCAUUUUAUUACAUAAAAAUACAGAAUGUUUCUAAUACUUCAAGCCUUUUCUAAUGUUAUCAUUGUAGUUAAUCUUCAGAAGCUUUGUGAUAUUUUUAUAAUCAGAUUAUUGAAGGAUAAAACCAACACUGGGAUGAAGGCAAAUGCAGCUGAAGAGUCUCAACUAGGAAGAAAAGAGUAUUCUGGUUUCCACUGUUAACUACAAUCUAUCUACUCAUUAACUUCAAGUUUUUUUUCUUAGAAUAUCACACUAAAAACAUGCAGGCCUUUCACAAAGUUAGUUGUUUACAUACUGUAUUCAAAAGAUCAACUAAAUUCUGUUACAUAUAUGCCUCUUUAGGAAAGCUAAUUUCAACUAUUGAGUGUUUGUCUUUCAAAAGAACAACUGGCCAUAUAUUUUUAUAAGUAGCUUUUAAUAUAAUUUACCGAAAAAUAUCUUGUUCUCUUUGCGAGCCACUAGACGAACUAUAAUAUUUUUAGUACGAUUUGUAAGACAUUAUAGAUAGUUUACUGAAACAUUUUAAAAUGCGAAUCUCUCAUAAAUCCGUAAAAUAUCUCUAACUGAAAUAGAUAUAAACAAUUUGAGGCCUGAUACAAAUAUGUUUAUCUAAGUCUUUGCACGUCAUAGAAAACUAGGCAAUAGAAAAUUUAAAAAUAUAUAAAAACAAUACUAACAAUUAGUAGUAAGGGAUUUGAAAAAAACUAACUGGUGGUGUUUGAAAUAGCCGUCACCUGUGACAUUUAAUAACCACGAGAUAUGGUAACCUAACUGGUGCUCAGAAUGUAUCACUGGACGUCCAUUCAGUGGCUCUAACGGCUAGGCGUUCACUGCAAAACCCGAAGACCUUAUGUUUGGCCUCCGAAAUGAUUUUGGAUACACACUUUUGGUGAGUCUAGCACUGGAACAAAAUAGUUAUUCAGUGAACCGUGGUUUUUAGUAAAAUUCCUUCUAAAAUCGAUUUGUAAUGAAUAUAAUCUACGCUUAAAGAGAAACCAAGAGAUGUUCCAGGUCACAUAAAAUUUUUUACUACCCACUACAUCAAUCUCAACCAUGAAGUCUUCACCUACUUUCACUACUCAUGUCAAUUAUCAAUAACUUCAUGGACUGAUCGUUUCUUGCCAUCAUUCAACCUGUUUAUGUCCUUACUAUAAUACUUCAUUGGAGGAAGCGAUAGCUGAGUACGCAUAAAAUAUUACCUAUCCAUGUCAACUGAAUAAAAAGCACAACCGUACCAAACGACUGACAACUACUGUCGACUAUUCAGAGUCUAAAAGUAAAAGUGCUCAUGUGGUUCCUUUGUUAAAUUUGAUCAGUACUAAAUUGGAAUCUUUUGUCAAACAUUUGCAGUUUAUGCAUAUCUCCUGCAUUCAAAAUUCAUGUCCUACAGCUGUGAAUAAAGUAUAACUAAUUUUGUCUCGAUAUACGUGAUGGCGAAACUAUCAAUUAAAAAUAAUAUUUAUAUGAUGUUUAUAUUGAAUUACUUCAAACAGUGUGUUAUAUUACAACAUUUCACUUUUACUGAUAAUUAUGUAAUAUGCUGUAAAAAGGAUAUCAAAUUAUACUCUUGAUACAUUCACUCACCUAUAUGAACAUGUGCACAACAAAACAAAAACCCAAUGACUUGGUGAUAACCUCGGACAAAAUCUACAACAUGAAAUGGAUGAAAUAAUAAAGAUUAUUAUUUUAUUCUUACUGACCUCUAGUCAUAAUAAUCAUUCAUUUUAGUUAUAAACAUACAUACAUACACACACAUGAAGUGAGCGUCUGACCAACACAUUAUAGACAAACUUCGAAUCAUGAUUAUUUUAGACAAUUUAAAAGUCAACCUGAUAAAACAAAUCUGUCUAAACAUACACUGAAAUGUAUUUAUACACAUAAACUAACAUAGGAACUUCGUUAAAUUAGUGAUUUCUGUGCCUCAAUACAACUAUAUAUGUAUAUAUAUGUUCGAAUAGUGGAAUAAUUGAAAUGUAUUUGUAUAUUCCAAUGUGUUGUAUAAAAAUUGAACAUUGAAUUAAACAUAACCAGUUGAAUAGAUAAAUAACAAAGACUAUAAAAGUAAAAAAACAAAACAAAACAACUUCUAGUUUGAAUAAUAAGAAACCAAAGUAAUACAACAUAGUAAUAAACAAACAAAAAAUAUACCGCAAAGUUUAAAUUCAUAUUAAACCAUAAUAUUUUAUUCAAAAAAAAAGAGAGAAAAAAGCAAAACCGAAAAAAACAAAAAAAGAUUAACUCUUAUGUCAACUUUCUUAUUAAAAUUUAAAUAUGUCCAUUAUUUUAUAUCAUUUAUUGAAUAUUCAAACUUCAAUUUCAUCAUUUUAUACAUUUCUUUUAAUUUUAUUAUUAAUUUGUAAUACAAUUCAACAAUUAAAUGAAUUCAAUCAUCAAAAUUUACCAAAAAAAUAUGCAAUUAUAACAACUGGUGGAUCACAUAAAGCAUAUAUUACACAAAAAUUAAAUAAUGAUUUAUAUAAUACAGAUUAUUCACGUAAAAUUAAUGUUAAAGUAAGUGAUAUAUUAACACGACAAGCUGAAGCUAUAGCCUCUUCACAAUUAUUAUCAUCAUCAUCUAAUAAAGAUAUUGAAUAUAAAAUCAAUAAAAAAUCAAAUUUAUCUAAUCAAUCUAAUUUAUUAAUUGAUUCUAAUCAAAGAGCUCAAAUUACUGUUAAACCACCUAAUAAGAAUUCAUUAAUUUUACCAUCAAAUAUAUUACAACAUUCUAUUAUUAAUGAUGAUCGUUCAUGGCCACCAGAACAUUCACAUGAAUUUGAAAAAGUUGAUAUACGUGUUUUAGGUGAACGUAUAGAUAGUAAAGCAUUACUUCAUUUACGUCCAAGUUCUACUAUUGAAUCAAUACGUAAAUUACGUCGAAUACUUGGAUCUGAUUUACAAAUUAAUUGGAUGUCUAUAGAAAAUCCAUUAAAUUCACAAAGUAAAAGUACACGUUCAACAUUAUUAUCAAAUAUUCCUAAGCCUGAUAAUUAUUUAUUGAAUAUUAUAGAUGAAUUAAAUUUCACUGUUUUUCGUUCAAUAAAUAAUGAUGGUUUAAUUUAUCCACUUAAAAUGACUAUUGAUCAAGUAAAUAUAAUGAAAACUUGGUUAUUACAACGUGCAACAUGUACUAUGGAAUAUAUAUGGGAAGAUUUAGGACCAUUAUUUUGGCCUAGAUGGAUUAAACGUGGUGUUUGUGUGAAUACGCAGUCUUGUUCUUGGCCACCUGGUAUGCGUUGUCGUUCAAGUGGUUCACGAUCAUUGAAAUUAUUAAGAUGGGUUUGUAUAAAUGGUUCAGGUAAAGAAGCAUCAAAUAGACGAAGAAGAGAAUUUCGAACAAACUAUUUAAAUCAUCAUAAUAGAGAUACAAAUUCACAUCAAACAUAUGUCGAUGAACGUAGAUCAAAACGUGUAAGACGUUUAAUACGUAAAUUAAGUUUAACAGCUAAUGGUUAUCAUUGUGAAUGGAAUCGUCAUGAAUAUAUGGUUAGUGAUCAUUGUACAUGUGGAUGUGAACAAUCAUCAAUGAAUUCUAAUUGAGAAUAAAUAAAAGUAAUGAUAUAAUAAUAAAAAAGAAUCAUUUACUUUUCCUGAAGUUUUUUAAAAAUUUUCUCUUCAACAAAUUCAUUACAUAAUGAUUUUCUUUUUAUUUAUUUCUUAGUGGGUUUUUUUCUGAAGUUAUAUACAUAUGUAUGUGAAAUAGUUUUAGCUGGCUUUCUUGGUGUUUUCCUCUACUCAUUCUUCUCACUAUUAUAAUUAUUAUUACUAUUAACCAGUUAAAUCAACUUUUAGCUUAUGAAAUCCCUUUUGAAAUAUACAUCAUUCUUUUAGGAAAAUAAAAAGAAAGAAGGAAAUUACUAUAUCUACCUCUUUACUGAACAAUAAACUAAAAUGUUGAAUGUUCGUUGAAUUUUUAUUUGCAUGCACUUAAAAUUCCUUUCACUUAAUAUUACUAAACUAUAUAUUGAAUGAAAAAAGGAAAGAAAAGAGAAAAAAAGGAGAAAAGUAAUAACAAUACCAGUGUUAUAUAAUGUUAUAUAAUUAUAUUAAGAUUUAACCAUGUCAUUAAAGUACAUAAAAUUGUCAUGUUCAUUUUAUACAUUUUCUUUAUUGUUGAUGAACAGAAAUUUUUUUGUUUAUUUGUGUUGUUUUUUUCUUUUCUUUUUUUUUAAAAAAAAGUGUAUAUGAGUAUUUCAGAUAAAACUAAAAUAAAAUUCGCAUAAACUUUGCUUAUAAUAAAUUUCAUUUUGAAAAACAAAAAAGGGUUUCUCAAUUUCUUGUUCUUGUUGUUGUUAUUAUUGUUGCUAUUAUGAGG